GCCCGCCCGCUGUUAUCUGGCUGAGGAGGAGCCAGACCCCGAGCAGCGGCUUUGGCUUUGGCGGUCUUGGCGGUCGGAGGUCCCAGAGCACGAGGGCGCGCGGGUGUCCGGACUGUUUCAGGCCAUCCACGAGCCAGCAGGAAAGGAUUUCCAGCCAGAGAAAGACGACACCCGAAGUCCCAAUGCACAGAUCAGCCCCCAGUCAAACCACCAAGAGGAGCCGAUCACCAUUUUCCACCAAUCGUCAUCGUUGGGAUGACAGUGAGAAUUCAGGAAGCAGCCUGACUGUUGAUAAUGAGGACUACUCCAGGUACCCGCCCAGAGAGUACAGGGGUCUGGGUAGCAGAAGAGGAAUGGCUUAUGGACAUAUUGACUCUUUCGGGGCAGAUGAUAGCGAGGAGGAGGGGGCUGGGCCUGUGGAGCGAGUGCCAGUGAGAGGGAAAGCUGGCAAGUUUAAAGGUGAUAAGCUGUAUGACCCAGAGAAAGGGGCAAGGUCUUUGGUUGGUGUGCCCCCCCAGUUCUCUAGUUUUAACAGUGAUGUGAGAAAGGAGCUUGAUCCAGCCCCUACAGUGAUACGCUCUACUGGCAGAGCUGAGUUCCUGCAGCAAAAGAGCAUGGCUCCUCAGACCUCUGCUGCUGACACGAAGGUGGCUACAAAAGGCGACAGCCUGGAGAGGGACAGACAGGAGCAGAAUGUACCUGUGCGUCCCAGCAGGGGUCCUGUGAUUGUUCGUGCUGGUGGGGAAAACACCCCUAAGGUUGCAGAGGAACCAGUGGUGAGGCCCAAAAUCAGAAAUCUGGCCAGUCCAAACUGCGUGAAACCAAAAAUAUUUUUUGAUACUGAUGAUGAUGAAGAUAUGCCACACAGUACUUCCAGGUGGAGGGACACUGCUAGCACUGGUGAGUGCCACUUGGGCAGCCGGGCAAGGAGAGGCAGAGGCGAGAGUUCAAGUGGCUACUCUGAGCCAAAGUAUCUUGAGGAUGAGAGGGAAGCCAGGAACGACCAAGUGAAGCCAGAAAAGGUGCCAAGACGGCGAUGUACCAUGGCCGACCAUGACUUCUGGACAUUCAAUGAUGAUUACCACAAAUACUGCGAUGAAGACUCUGACAGUGACAAAGAGUGGACUGCUGCUUUGUGUCAGAAGCAUGGAGAUUGGGAGAAAAACCCGUCGUCCAAUGGUGAAACCUGGGAGACUCUACCGGGGAAAGAAGAGCACCAACCUGAGCCAGCCAGAGUGAAUGCCGGAGUGAUUGUCAACACCGGCGCUAGCCCCAGUGCUAGUGCCAUGACUGGCAGCAGUGGCAGCAAUGAACUUGAAGAAGUUCAAAGACCAGCUCUUCAGGAAGUGGAGCGGGCAUUGCCGGAAGAAGGAGAAGUUCCUUGGCUCCAAUACAAUGAAAAUGAGAGCAGCAGUGAGGAGGAUAAUGAUUCUGGUCAGGAGUUUCUGCAUCCUGGGGUCUUCAUGCUGGAUGGCAACAACAACCUCGAAGAUGACUCCAGCGUGAGUGAAGACCUAGAAGUGGAUUGGAGCCUCUUUGAUGGGUUUGCAGAUGGGUUGGGGGUGGCCGAAGCCAUUUCCUACGUGGAUCCUCAGUUCCUCACGUACAUGGCACUUGAAGAACGCCUGGCACAGGCAAUGGAAACGGCCCUCGCACACUUGGAGUCUCUUGCAGUGGACGUGGAGGUGGCCAAUCCACCAGCAAGCAAAGAGAGCAUCGACAGUCUACCUGAGAUCCUGGUCACUGAAGACCAUAGUGCAGUUGGGCAAGAAAUGUGUUGCCCCAUAUGUUGCAGUGAAUAUGUGAAGGGGGAGGUGGCAACCGAGCUGCCAUGCCACCACUAUUUCCACAAGCCAUGCGUGUCCAUCUGGCUUCAGAAGUCCGGCACUUGCCCUGUGUGCCGCUGCAUGUUCCCUCCCCAACUUUAAGACCAAGGCUCUUUCCUCUUGGUCUACUAUUUUCCCCAUCUGAAAACCCACAAUACUGCAGGAUCCCUCUCAGAAUUAACAAUUGAAAUGAAACCAAUCAGUCCAUUAAUCUAGUAUAUCAGUUGAUUUCUUGUGAUCAUUUCCAAUGUGAAACGGUUGUGUACAAUUGCAUUAAAAACCAUACUGUGUUUUAGAGGUGACAAAGGGAAAACUAAACUUUCUAAAUGCUACUUGAGAUUGCAAUAAGAACAUACAUUUUCUAACCUGAACAUUGAAAUCUGUUGCAUUUGUUUUUUCAGUAGAUAUGUUGCUGUUAAUUAUAAUAUCAAGUUUAUCUGUUAAAUAUGUCCAAAAGGCAUCCCCAUUUCUGUUGCAUGUUAUGGGUUAAUGUUCCUGUAAUUACAGUGCCAGAAAAGCUUAUUAAAGUUCUUUUGGUUUUACAUGCUA